UUGGGAGCGGAUAGAGAUGGUUUCCGUACUUCAGUAUCAUUGCGACCAUUUCGUCUUGAAGCGAUGUACAUGAGUCUAUUGCAGCUGGAACAAUCGCCAAAGUUAUUGAAUACUCGGAACAAACGAGUUUUCCUGUCAUAAAAAGCAGACCCGAAUUUUUCAAACUUGACGGAGUUCUCUUUAGCCUUUUCUCCAAAUUUGUUAAAGUAGAAAAGUUUUUUGACUCUUCGUUUCCCCCAAUCCCUUGAUGGGACACAUGAGAAAAAGAAGUGAUUUGAACGCACUUCGUAGGCUGAACUGAGAGAAGAGAAGUUUUUUGUUCGGAAGUUGUAUGAUCUGAUGUCCUGUAUUUUAUACCCUAUUUGACUUCCAAUUAACUCACUAACUUUUCUUCCUUAUGUGGGCCGGCUCAGUAGCGUCUGUUUUGUUGCUCCAUGGAUAUCUUAGUGCAGUGGUAUACCAGCCCUCCUUUGCAAAAGCUGCCUCAUCAGAUCCGUUGGUUCCCUCUUUCGCAGAACCAAUUCAAAACGUGACUGUAGCCGCGGGCAGGGAGGUGGUGCUGCCAUGCGUUGUAGACAACCUCGGCACAUAUAGGGUCGCAUGGAUUCACACGGACAAACACACCCUCCUCACCCUGCACGACCGGGUAAUCACGCGCAACAGUCGCUACAGUAUUAGCCACAACAGUUACAGGACUUGGUGGCUCACCAUCAAGGACGUCGAGGAAUCCGACAGAGGAGAAUUCAUGUGCCAAAUCAAUACAUCUCCCAUGAUGAGCCAGAGCGGCUACCUGGACGUCGUCGUUCCUCCGAAAAUUGACGAAGAGAACACCAGUUCUGACACCGAUGUCCGCGAGGGUGGAGACGUUAGCCUGCGAUGCAGCGCGACGGGAUCUCCUACCCCAAAGAUCAAAUGGAGAAGGGAGGACCAGAAAGAUAUACCUGCCGGCCUCAAAUUGGGUUCAGGUUUGCACGGCGAGUACUUGAACAUCAGCAAAGUGAGCCGUCUUCACAUGGGGGCGUAUCUCUGCAUAGCUUCGAAUGGCGUCCAACCUUCCGUAAGCAAGAGAAUCAUGCUGAACGUAAAUUUUGCCCCAAUGAUUUGGAUACCAAAUCAGCUGGUCGGAGCACCGCUCGACACCGAAGUGGUGCUGGAUUGCGGUUUGGAGAGUCAUCCCAAGUCUGUCACGUACUGGACCCGCGACGGCGGAAUCAUGAUUCUGUCCAACUCCAAAUACAACAGCAUGCUUAUCGACUCGGGGACUUACAAAAGUAAAAUGAAUCUUCGCAUCAGAGAUCUUAAGCCCGAAGAUUACGGGGCUUACACGUGCGUGGCGAAGAACUCUCUGGGCGAAACUGAAGGCACCAUCAAACUGUACGAAAUCCCUCGACCUACUUCAACAUCAUCACCAGCACCUCAGUACACAAGCAAAAUGAGCAAAACAGACGGAGCUCAACAAACAACAAGUGAAAAAAUGUUGAUAAGCACUUGGAAAAAUUCCUUAGUGAAGGAUGAGAACGAUUCUGCCAGAAAAGCAGAAUUGUCUACCGAGCUUUUGGAAAAGGAGAGUACAGUCGGAGGUAUUGCAGCAGCCGCUGCAUCUGAUCACGAAUUCAGAGAAUCAGGAGGAGAGAGGAAAGAAAGCAGGCGGAGACUCAACAAAGGGCACUCCAGCGCUCCCGGCCAAAUUUAUUCCACUCCCUUUAUGAUUUUUGGAUCCAUUCUGCUCCUCCUCUCACUGCUACGCUGAAACGCCAAAUCCGAGAAGGAAGAAAAUCCAUUCCGAUUUUCUAGUUUCAACCUCUGGUGCUGAAAGCAGCAAGUUAUAUAUUUGAAAGAUAUUAUGAAAAAUGGUUAAAAAAUGAACUCUCUCAUUCUCAUGCUCAUUAUUCAAAACUUAUUUAGCCCCGUGUUCGAAACUGCGCGAGACUGUUUGUAGUGGAGCGAUUUUUUGGGUUUAAUAUCACAUACUAUAUGUGUAUAUACCUAUAGCAAUUCGUUGCUCUUUUCUUCCCUAUAUUUCAGCAGAAUAAGUAUAUACAUAUAUACAUAUAACUAUAUAUCGGGAUUCGUCUUGUGUAUAUAUAAGUCAGGUUUGUUUGCAGUCGUAGUCGAAACUCAACAAAGUUCUGGAGUAGAACAAGUCUUAAAAUGUAUGAAUUCUUGCAUAAAAUAAAGCAGGUAUGUAAGGUGUUGUAUUAAUCAGAUACAUUAUCUGACUACGGGUUUUUUUCUUUAUAAUAUACAUCUGACUAAGAGAAUCAGGAAUUAUAAAAUUAUACACCAAACGAUAUCGGAAAGAAUGAUUUUAUAAAUCAGAUACGUAAUCUAUUUUCAGUUUUUAUUUCUUUCGAGAUACGUAGUUGACAGAAAAUUACUAAUAAUGCAACACUAUCAAAGGAUAUCGGGGCUUCCUUGCUAAUAAUAUAUAUUAGGCUAUGAAAAUCAGUAACAAUAAAACGACACCAAGAACACAUUGGAUAGUUUCAAUUGUAUUAUGAUAGUUGUUGAUUUUAUAGCUACUCAAAAAUUAGUAACUGAUUAAAGAUAAAAUGAAAAAUUUUAGUAGAAUAAUCUGAAGUUAUUACAACUUGUUUCCGUAUGAUUUUCAUGGAUAUUUAAAAAGUUAUUUAAACUGGAUAAAAAAAUAAAAUUCAGAAUUAUAUAUUCAGAAAAAUAAACUACAGAUUCUUUUUUUAAAUUCGGACGUAUUUGAUAUUUAAAAUUAUACAAAAAUUAGGUUUUUACCAAAAGAUAACAAAGCUCUUUUUUUCCUAAUAAUAAAUAUUAGAAUAAGAAAAUU